GUCAUUCCGCUCAACUGAUGACGCAUUCGGAACGCGACUCGGGAAGCUGUGUUUGCAAACUAUUUACAGGAACGAUAUAAAACAAACAAGGCUGAUAUUUUAAAAAGGCUACAGCGAAGAUGGCGGUCAAGACAGGAGAGGACCGUUUGAAGGAGAUGGAGGCUGAGAUGGCUCUGUUUGAGCAGGAUUUGCUGGGUGCGCCAGUCUCGGGGCCCUCAGUCACAGACGAGAUGGAGGUGGAGCCGGAGCUGGAGCCAGAACCCGAGGAGGGGCCUGUAGCUGUCGCCAUGCCAACGGAACCCGUGAUCCGGGCCAUCAUAGGAACCAACACCUACAGACAGGUCCAGCAGAGCCUGGAAGCCAGAGCCGCUGCCUUCGUUGUGCCCCCCACCUGUGGUUUCGUAGGACCAGGAAUUCAACAUGACGCUUUACGGAGCAACACUACCAUCUAGUGGCCUGGCAUGGAAACACCACUUCAUUUUUUUAUUACCACAAGGGGAAGGUAUAAGAGAAGCAGUGAGACCCAUUUUAAAGUCUCCUUCAGCACGUUGGGUCGGCCCAGUAAGCUCUGAGAUCUUUAAUGUUCUGAGAUGCUUCCUCUCAUUCCCAGGCAUUAGAUUUGCUAAACUGUAGUAUUGAAACUAAACAGAUGCCCAUGUUCUUGUUAAGCUAUAUCUGAAUAAAUGAAGGCAAGCGACACGCACUGUGUUUUCAAUGGCACUGCUUUUAAUAGCCUCUUUUCUCUGUCAUGCUCAGUGAUAUCUUUUCGACGAGGAUGAUUCCUGAAGCACAGAGGAAGAAAUCCUCCACAGUCUGGAGCUGUUCCUGCUUCUUUUAUUUUAUUUUUUCUUAAGGAAUUUAGAAUGCCCAAUUAUUUUACCCCAAUUUAGAAUGCCCAAUAAUCUCCUCCCCUCACCGCAGCGAUUCAUUAAGAAGCUGGCGGACCAGUUCAGCUGGUGGGCUUAUUUUAAGGAAAUCCACCAUAUCUGUCAGGCAGAGGCUCGGCCACAGCUGCGUGCCUUCCUCCUCCCUAACCCAAGCACACUUUAGAGAGAAAGGACCUGGCAACACGACCCCUCCACCCACACGCCUCCUCUUAUAAUCCUGGAAUGCCUGACACACGAACGUUUUCUUCAUACGCAACGUAGGCUCUACAAAUGUACUCAAAACUAUUAUUUGAAUUAGAAUUUUCGACUUAAUUCAGUAAUUAUAGUAUCAAAAUGUUAAAAAUAAACACAGUAAAUCAACUUUAACAUAUAUUCCCAUCCUAUGACCUCACAUAUUUAUAUUCCCCUAGCUGCAAGUUCAUUAAAUGUCCCUUCUGUGAAUUUCUUUCUCACAGACAGAAAUGCCUUUAGUGCAGCACAGUUGAUGACGAUUCUAAGGUCAUUCCUGAAAGAUUGACAGGCAUGACAGCUUCAGGAUCCAGAGGGACAUUUGGACCCAGUCCUGCUGUGUGAUCCUCCCUGACUGACUUUCUGUUUGCCUUAGGCAUAAUACUGUCAGCCUAUGGAAAUAUAUACACAAUAUUACUCAUUUAUCACCUAUAUUCAAUUGAAUCGAACGAUAUUUAGCUGUAUACUGCAUUGCAACAUCCAACAUGAACUCGUACUUAAUUCUCAUUUACAUAUUAAGUGUAAUAUAUGCAUGCCUUGAAUAGAGGAUCUAUAUGCAAGAGACAAGACAGGAAAAGACUAACGGUUUAUUUGCAUAAUUACACAUCUAAUUAAUCAUACACUAUAUAAUCAAUGAACAACAGAGAAUAUUCAGUUCCUUGCUUUAAAUACAUUGAAAAUGUAUAUUGCUAUAUUAGAAACUGCACAAGGGCUUCUAUUUUGUAUAAGAGUUACAAAAGAAUGAAUGUGAGGAUUAAUUAUGUGACAUUAAGAAAGUGUUUCUGAUAUGAAGAACUAAGAAGCAACACGUGAUAUUAAUCGUCUACUACUGCUAUCUCAUUUACAUGGGAGAAUAUGCGAGGUUUAGCCUUGAAACGUAGCCCGCCUACAUAAUGAAUUGGAAUGCAUACAAACUGUUAUUU